ACGAGCUUAUUUCCUCACUCAAUUUUCGGCUCGGUGUUCUGACUGCAAUGCGAUGAGGACGCGCGAGUAGAUCUGUUGUCAUGCUCCCAGCCCAAGCUAUCGAUCUGUUUCUACGCCUUUAAUCGUCUUUUUACAGUUUGCUUUGGGAUGAGCACUUGCAAUUUCAGGAACAAGUGGACCUUGUCUUGAAGGGGAGCUUCUUUCGGGUAGCUUGGUGUUGUCAAAUUGGUGUUGCGAAUCGAGGAGAUGGAGAGCCAGGUACCAAAGAGGCAGCCAUUGAAGAAAUGGAAUCCGAAGUGGAAAGAUAAGUUGAAGGAGUUGUGCCUUCAAAGAGUGCGGGAUGGUCGCACCCAGAUGCUAUGGAGAAUUCGGAACAGUCCUCUUCCUGUGUCUGGAGAGAGUGCUCAUGAUAACAAGUAUAUGGAGUCCACAUUCAGAAAUAUUGUAACCGAUGAACUCAAGAGAGUGCGUCAAACCUCUACAAAUUCAGCCAAGAACGACACACGCAGAGCCUCGGAAAAGGAAGACUCCGACAUGUUGUGGGAGUACGAGGCUCCAGCGGAACUAGCUAAUGAGGAUUAUGUCGAGCUCAUGCUCGCUAUGGAACGAGCUUUGUAUGAUGACAUGCAGGCUGAGUUGCGGGCCCAAGAGGAAGCACUUUUGGAGGAGUUUGAAGCUGCUGCCUCGCAGGAGGAUGAUGCGAUUGCUGAUCUAAUACAAAAUUUUCAAGAUCUCUCCGCGGACGGCGUGCUAUGUCCUCUGUGUAAGAAAACGCAGCUGAAGCAAAUUAAAACUGUCAUAGUUUGUUCCUGCGGAGAUUUUCGACUUGAUACCAAGGAUGAUCAGAUCGGGCUCAAGUUCCUACAAACUCGGUUAGCAGAUGUACAUCAACAGCACGCAGACUCGGGGUGCCUGCUUCAGCCAACUUUCUCCAUAGAGGACCAGUUUGGUAUUCCUGCCCUGUAUAUGAGAUGUUCUAAAUGCGAAAGUUUUCAGUGCGUUCUAUGAGUAGAGAGAAAUUAAUUCCAGGCAGUGAAUCACCAGUUCAAUUCCCCCUUGUGAAGCGUUUUCAAGACUUCAAUAUCUGGAGCUCACCAUGGCCAGGCUUUGUAAAAUAUGCUGGUGUAGUCUCCCAGACCAGAAUUGAUUUGAAAAGAUUGUUUAGAAGAAUACUCAGAUCUGGUGAGUUAGCUAGGCUGGAAAUUAGUGAACCUGUCACGGUUCUCGUUGUUAUACCCUGGAUGAUUGUUUCGGAAGCGCUCGUCAAAAAAUAAUUGGUGCCUGCAGAGAAAGCGCUCUGGUGUCACCUGUGUGGCAUUCAAAUCACGCUUGAGUACAACAUUCUCAUGUUUCUUUUCUGUUUUUGUUUCACAAUGAACUAUCAUUAUUACUUCCCCA